CGUUAGCAACUUAUCUAUGGUUACCAUUGUACAAUCAACGAGUCUUGUUAGUCACGUUUUGCUUGUAAUUUGUGGUUGGGGCAAAUGUCUGAUACAAAUAAAAUGUCCGGAAAAACAACAAUAAAGGGCAGUCCUUCUCAAUAUGUAAAACUAAAUGUUGGUGGAUGUUUGCAUUAUACUACUAUAGGAACUCUGACAAAAAAUGAUACAAUGUUAAGAGCUAUGUUUAGUGGACGUAUGGAAGUUUUAUCAGAUUCAGAUGGCUGGAUUCUAAUUGAUAGAUGUGGAAAACAUUUUGGUACAAUUUUAAAUUUCCUAAGAGAUGGAAGUGUUUCUCUCCCUGAAACUAGUCGUGAAAUUGCAGAGUUACUUGCAGAAGCAAAAUAUUAUUGUAUAGCUGAAUUAGCUGAAGCUUGUAAUCAAGCUCUUUUAAAGAAAGAAAGGGAAGCUGAACCUAUCUGUAAAGUUCCUCUAAUAACAUCAAUUAAAGAAGAAGAACUUUUGAUAAGUUCAACAACAAAACCAGCCAUUAAGCUUUUAAUAAAUCGACAUAAUAAUAAAUAUUCAUACACAAGCACUUCAGAUGAUAAUCUUCUUAAAAAUAUUGAGUUAUUUGACAAGCUUUCAUUGUGGUACAGUAAUAGGGUACUAUUCAUUAAAGAUGUAAUUAGUACUAGUGAAAUUUGUUGUUGGGUAUUUUAUGGACAUGGGAAGAAAGUGUCAGAGGUUUGUUGCACCUCAAUUGUAUAUGCAACAGAUAAGAAACAUACAAAAGUUGAAUGUCCUGAAGCAAGAAUAUAUGAAGAAACCUUAAAUAUUCUUUUAUAUGAAAAUAGGCAAGCUCCUGAUCAAGAAUUAAUGCAAGCGACAUCUCGAGGAACAGUAUCAGGAAUGUCAUCAUAUACUAGUGAUGAAGAGGAAGAAAGAACAGGACUAGAUAGAUUGCGUUCUAAUAAAUGUGCCAAUCAGGCGUAGUAAAGAAGCCAUAUACUUUUUAAAUUUUUGUUUUUGGUGUGUUGUACUACCACAAUUAUUAAUGUGCUUGACAGUAAUUGAGCUAGAGAAACUUUAAAUAUCUUCUUUUUAUAAGCAUACCUUUAAUGUAAAAGUCAUGAGAAAAAAUAAUUUGGUACAGACAUAUUUCCUGUUUUCUUUAUACACUUUUGAUAAAACUAGAACUAAUUUUCAGGGGAAAAUGUGGUAUAAAGGUUUUUCAAAUGCUACGUCGUUUUUGAAAUCCAGAGUGUAGAGAAACUAUUGUUUUUUUUUUUUAAUUGACGGAAAUAAUGGUUAUUGUGAUAAAUAAUUUCAAACUGAAUAAUUAAGUUACAUAAAUAAUAAUUACUGAAAAUGAUCUCCAUGAGUUGUACUUGAUGUACUUGUCAUGCUAAAGUCAAACAAUUAAGAAAGUUAUUGUGUUGGAAAUUUUCAGGAGUAGCACCAAUUUCAUUAAUCCUGCGCCGGACACGAGAGUUUAUGGUUUAUGUAACAUGUAUUUAAAUAGGUGGGGAGAAACCCCAUUUUGUUUUAGUUGUAAAAAUGUAAUUUUUGAAUUUUGCAAUAAAAGUUAAUACAUUUGCUUUUU